UAGAGCAUAAACACAGCAGCAAGGGAAAGCUGAGCAUGUGGCCAUAAAGAUCUCUUGACUAAUUUCCCCUUUAUGGAUAUAGGCUGGAAGUUGGGGUUAUAAACAUAAUUAUUAGUGACUGGCUCAAAAAAAUAAAACCAGGCAUUUUGAUGUUCAGAGGUUUCUUCUGACUUGAAAAAAUAAAUGAAGAAAGCCCAUUGAGAGCUGAUAUGAAUGAAGAAUUAUAAGAAAACAACAGUGUACCAAACAUAGCUAAGAGGAAAAAAAGUUACCAGCUACUUUUAUGAAGACUGCAGCCACUGGAAAGAGAAGAGGAGGAGGAGUUGGAAGGAGAACUAGGCCAGGGUAUGAACAAAGCCAGGCAGGCAAAUUACAUACUACUGAAAAAACAAGCUUUUUCUGAUGGUGGGCAAGAAAAAAAUGGGCUCUUACCAUGGAACACUGCAGAGAGGACAGGGGAAUGGUCCAGAAAAAAUGAGUUGGUGAAAAGUUUGGAGGGGAACCUUGAAACCAUAUUGCCAUUUUACCGCUCAGAAGCCUCCAACUCCUUUCUGCUAUUAAUUGAGGACGACAUUGAGGUCUUUGACAGUGAACUCUCGCUUUUCAAUGAACUGCCAAUCCCAAGCAACUUGAUUUCCUCGCCUCAUUAUUUGCCCUAUUACAGAACAUAUGAGGAAUUUUUUAUCAACCCAGUUUCAUUGGACACUCUAUGUGUUAAAGCAGAAAUGGAAGACAGUGACAUAGGAGGAGAAAAAAGAGACAGAGGCCGCGGCUGCAAAGCUAACACAAUACGAGAAGAUGAGAACCGAAGCCACGUAGUUAUUUCCACUGGUUAUUUUCCGUAUUAUAGGUCGUAUGAGGAAUACUUUGGUCGUCCAGUUUUAAAUGAUGGCUUAAGCAUGCCUACAGAGGGAAAAGAGGCUAACCCCAGGAGUAAUGAAAGAGGAAGCAUCUGUGAGGUUGCCGUUGGUCGCAGUGAUGAAAGCAUCUCACAAAGUUAUGAGACAGAGAAGGAAGGAAUCUUUUCCAUGCCUGGUGUUGAGUCCUCUGGCUCCUGUCUAUUAACUGACAGCAUUGUUGGACACUGUGCUUCUGAGAUCUCGCUGCUCAAUGGACUAUUGAUGCGGAAUCAACCUUUUUCUUCCACUGGCUACUUUCCAUAUUACAGAACAUAUGGAGAGCUCCUUUUCAGCCCAGCCCCACAGGACGGCUACUCUAUCAGCACUGAUGCUCAGGCUGGUGUUAGCUCUGAAACAGCAGAAAAAAGCAGGUGGUAUUUCAGUGGUAGCUGUGCAGUGUGCUGAAAACAAAAGACAAAUGCCUGCCACUAUCAGCAGCAAGUGAUCCAAUUCAGGGCAGAAGUCCCAGGGGAUGUUCUUAAAAGUUCUGACAAUGCCAGCCCAAUGAAAACCAACAUUAAUACCCCCAAAAAAAACUAUACAUGAAAAACUAUUAUUUUUAAAGAUCUGUAGAGGAAGCAGAGGGAGUGAAAUUGUAACUAACCAGGCCUACAUUUUGAGAAAUCAGAGGAAUUUGAUCCAGAACUAGGAAAUAUGGAGGUUAAAGUUCUGCUCUCUCUGCUCCUAAUCCCAAAAUAACUGAAGAUCACAUCAGAACUUCAGACUUCUGAGAAGAAAAUCUGAGGUCAGGUGUGGGUCAAGUUUUGAAUCGUAGACCUGUGAACCCACCGAUUGGAACAAAUCUUCAUUGCUACCACUAUUUGAGACAGAGGUCCUCACCUUCUGUCGAGCACUCAGUCCUUGGAAAGCAGAGUGGAAAGAUAUUUCCAAAGGAAAAGGGGCAACUCAGUAUCAAGGGAGAUGAAUGAUGAAGUGGGCACAGAACCAAGCCUCUUGAGAAUCUCUGAUUACAAAAGAAGAGAUGAAUCCACCAAUAGCACCUUGGAUUGGUCAAGUCGGUCAACAGCCCACUUGGAAGACACUGUUUCAUCUUUCAUCAGUGUAGUGAUCUACCCCUUUCAUUGUGAUGUGCCCUUAAUGUGUUUAGUAUCCCUGCCCAAGGAGUGGCUGUUGUCCAUAUUCCACUUGAGCUUUCCCCUUUCCAGACCCAGUGGAGAUGUGGCAUGUUGUGGGUGUGAUGUGGUUGAUGGUCAGUCAAGAAACUUAACAUUCAGCCUGUCAAUUUCAUAAGUGACGUGAGCAGCAGUAGAGGAGUUUGUGAUAAUUGUCAAUGCCAGAAGAAGAGAAAUAAGACCUGGGACCCCUGGAGAUGGUGAUGUGGAAAGUGUAACCUUUUCACACAGGAUACAUGGAGGCUUUCACUUGCACUAAAGGAAAAACAAACAUUGUUGCCAGUAAUGACAGUUAAAUAGACUUUUCCUGUCUGCCACUAAGAGUCUCUCCUUGUAUCAACAGCAUCUGUAACGUUAGGUUCUCUUUCACUGAAGCCACACACUGUAGAAAGCAUUCCACACUACAUUUUUUGUAAAUAAAAUCUAAUCUGAACAUA